GACGUGACCCCAAACACUCGAUUUGUCGCGUGCUCGCACUCGCUGCAGUGUUGUGAAGUCGUCACACAGUCAUCAAGACAUGCAUGGAUGCAGCAUUCCUCUCUCCACCUGUAGCCUUUCCCGUGUUCUUGGAUGAACGAGGUCACAAGCAGAAGAAGAUACGGCGAUGGAGCGGCUGUGCGAUCUCCCAGUGGAUUGAAGCUUCAGGCUCUCCAUCUUAGUGCCUCUUGGCUGGCGCGAAUGUUUCUUUAAACAUGUCCCCUUCCUCGAAUCGUCGGUCUGCUCAUCUCUCCUAUAUCCAUCAUCUCACCAGCUCACGAUGCCGACUCUACGCGCAUUUCAGCUGCCGUCCAAACGUCUCAUCCUUUCUUAUGUGCUCGACUGGAUCGUUAUCAUAGCUAUUGCUGGUGUCGGUGGUGGCUUCAAUAGAAUCGGGCCGUAUAGAAGGCCAUUCUCCCUGGUCGACCUCAAUAUCUCAUAUCCUUACACGGAGAACGAUCAGGUCUCCUGGUGGGUCGUCCUGAUAGUCGCACUGAUCGGACCCGGUGUCAUCAUCUUCCUGACCUGCCUCUUCUUCGUACCCGGACCGCGCGCCAUCAGAACGCACCCGUGGUCACUGGUAUGGCGACGCAAGUUCUGGGAGUGGAAUACGGGCUGGAUGGGCCUUGGCUUGAGUCUUGCGACCGCGUUCAUGAUCACAGAAGGUCUGAAGAAUCUUUUCGGAAAGCCCAGACCUGAUCUGCUGGCGCGAUGCCAGCCCGAUGUUGACAACAUCGAGCAAUAUGUUGUUGGAGGUUAUGGUCAGGACAUCUCGCCAAAGUGGGUACGGGUUAGCGCAGCCAUUUGCAUGGGUCCGAAUACCGAUGAGAUUACGGAUGGCUUCCGAAGCUUUCCAAGCGGCCAUUCAUCUUUUGCAUGGGCUGGACUAUUAUACCUUACGCUCUUUGUCUGCUCAAAGUUUGCCAUCUCUAUUCCUUUCCUACCGCCCAGAGCAUACUCUACCGACUCAAAAGCUGUGGCUCUCGAAGCAAAGCGGCACGACCGUCUGCCAUUACACGAAGAUGACGAGACGUCUAUCAUCCCGAUCCGCAACCAAGCAGCUGCGCCCCCCAAUUAUCUGCUUGUCUUGGCUCUAGUUCCGGUCGGGACUGCGGCGUAUAUCGCUUCGACGAGGUACUCUGAUUACCGCCAUCACGGGAUCGAUAUCUUCGCUGGCUCACUCAUUGGUAUUGCCACUGCAUGGUUCUCGUUCCGCUGGUACCAUCUGCCCAUUCAGCAAGGCGCAGGCUGGGCCUGGGGAGCGCGGAGUCGUGAUCGGGCCUUUGGCAUCGGCGUUGGUACAGGCAACUAUGUGGGAACAGAGGGAUGGGGUCCUGCAAAGUCGAGCCAGCUUCGUGACGAAGAAUCAGGGCGCAAUGGAAUCUUGGGACCUGGUCUGGAUGGGCAGCAGGCUGUCUCGAAUGAAGCACCCAGUGCCGAUAGCCUUGCGCGCAAGGCCAGCACUGAUAGAUGAGGCAUGUGGUAGACUAAUCUUUCCUUUCGUUUUUCAUCAUUGCACACCCCGUUUCUUAGCGUAAUUGAUAAUGCAAUAAUGGUAGCAGUUUCGCACUCGCUCUAUCGCAGCA